ACUUUUUACCGAGUGACCGGUUGAAGGGCAGGGAGGCAACAGAUAAGGCAUACAUGUAAUCUGAUUUCAUCAACCUGCGUGGGUUCAGUUUCUGCACAACAACUGAACCCGACGGUGACUGAUUGGGAUUGAGGCAUUGUUUACUCUGUUUGUGAGACACUCGCAUGAACGCGCUAAAAGUGUUGCGGAGCUGGCGCAACCUCUAUGGGGAAAUAUUUAUUUUCAUCUACGACGCAGCCAGGGAAGUUCAUUGAAGAAAACGCUCAACUAUACAACAGUUUGCCGCACUGCUGGACAAAGGUACUAACUUCUGCUGGUCUUGCUUGUGUUUACACACACUGUGGGACUGACUGUGCAACCCUCCUGUCCACCCAUCACAAGAUGCAUAUGAAUAGCUUACUGAAUCGAUGGAACGAGCUGCCUAGGAUGAGGUGUGAGGUGGAGGUGACCCCUGAACCCAGCAGCCCCACACUGCUCGGAGAGGCAGCAGACACCUACUGCCAGGUGGACCGAUGGCAAAAGCUACGCACCGCCGUCCGCAAGCUGGAAUUCUGGGAAGACUUCAGUGCCGAGCUGAUUGGCAGUGGCUUCUUCUCCAAGGUGUACAAGGUGUCACACUGUACCACAAGAAAAGUGAUGGUGGUCAAGAUCUAUAAGAACGACGUGGACCAGGACAGCAUCGUACGAGAGAUCAGUCUACUGCGGAAGCUCUCACACCCCAACAUUGUCCGGUAUCUUGGAAUCUGCGUGCGGGAGGAUAAACUGUAUCCAAUCUUGGAGUAUGUGAGUGGGGGCUGUCUGGAGGACCUCUUGGCCCAGGAGGACGUGUCUCUGUGUUGGAGGGAGAAGGUGGAUCUGGCAUGUGACAUCAGCAGAGGCAUGACCUACCUGCACUACAAGAACAUCUACCACAGAGACCUCAACUCCAAGAACUGUCUGAUCCGGGAGACGUAUCGGGGCAGGGAGGCGGUGGUGACAGACUUUGGUCUGGCCAGAGAGGUGAUGGUGGAACUGCCGGUCAACGACCCCGAGAGGAAGAUGUCUCUGGUGGGAUCUGCCUUCUGGAUGGCACCCGAGAUGCUCCGAGGGGAACCCUACGACCGCAAGGUGGACGUCUUCUCCUUUGGGAUCAUGCUGUGUGAGAUUCUGGGCCGGAUCCCAGCAGAUCCUGAGAUCCUUCCCAGAACACGGGACUAUGGUCUAGACAUGGAGGCCUUCAGUAAGAUGGUGCAGGGCUGUCCACGACACAUCCUGGAGCUGUCAGCCAACUGCUGUCUGAUGGAUGCGUUCCGGAGACCCUCCUUCUCAGAGCUGCUGGACGAGUUGGAGGACAUCGCUGAGAGCCUGGAACCCCCCGACUCAGACCUGACCACGGGGUGAGGGUGUGGGGUCACCCCCAAACCCCUCCAGGAGCAUGUGGACUGCAGCAGGCAGCUACUCCAAAGUCUUAUACAGCAGAGGCACUUUAUACUUCAGGACCUCUUUACAGUAACACAUGCAGGGCUCCCAUUGCAGCUCUCUCUGCUGACUCUGUGUGACUCUCUGAAACAGGACGGGAUGACCCCCCCACGGCUCUUAAAUUGUAUGAUAUUAUUGUAUUAUUCCACUUGAAGUUAAGGAUGUAGAAGCCUUUGAUUGUAAAUAGUGCAUAAGGACUUGUCCACUCUCUUCUCUUUCAAAGCUGCCUCCUAUCAUCAUUGAACAGGGACUGCUCCUCCUCUCUUUCAUCAGCCACGUGGCGACGCACGCAAAAUGAAAUUCCUCUCUCUGUCCAACUAGUCAUCUGAAUGAUGUCAUUUGGCAGUGAGGUAAUGGCCGCUGGUGGACUGCAGCAGGGGAGCUGAUGGGACAGGAGACGAGUUACGAUUACAUUGAGUCAGGAUUACAUUGAGUCAGGAUUACAUUGAGUCAGGAUUACAUUGAGUCAGGAUGACUUUGCACUAGAACUGACUGUUACAGUAUGUGGCUGAAGUCAAUAGGAUGGCUGAAUUGUGCCAUUGUGUGGGUGAGGACCAAACUACACUCUUUCUUUCUCUCAUCCUUUCUCGUUUGUAAUGUCACAUAUUUUCUGUUGUUGAUGAACAGAGUUGGCAGGUGGUGUUAGGUAAGGGUUGGUGUACAGUGGUGUUCAGUACUGGGGUUAAGUAGGCAGAGGAAAGAGCACUAUCCCUCCCUCUCAGGAUGUGAAUGAAAUAAUACUAAACUCAAUGAAACACUAACCUCAGCAAGACUUUAACUGCAGUUGUGUAUCAGUUUAUAUGAAAUGCCUUUAUGUCUUGUCAUGCUUGUACAAUAACGAUUUUGCUUCACCCUUUUUGUGGGGAUACAUUUUGUUUUCCACAUCAAAUCCAUACAAUACUAUAUUUUGUGAUUUUAGUUGCUAUGGGAAACAAGGAUCUUGCUUACUUAAAGAAGAUUUGAAGCAUUGUAAUAAAAUGCAUGAAUUGA